CUUCAAUACCUGCUGAUGAGAGAUGAUGAAGUUCCUGCAGACAUGGUUGCUGAAGAAUCUGGUCCUGGAGCUCAAAAUAGUCCCUAUCAACUACGAAGAAAGUCCCUGUUGUCCAAGCGGACUGCUUGCCCAGGAAAGAGCCCCAUGGAGGGAGCCUCUACUUCAGCCACAGAAACCUUUGGGCCUCGAGCCAAGAGGCCCCGGAUCUCAGGGAAAUCUCUGGAUCUGCCAGCUGCUCCAGCUGAGCAGUACCUCCAGGAGAAGCUGCCCGAUGAGGUGGUCCUGAAGAUCUUCUCCUACCUGUUGGAGCAGGACCUCUGUCAGGCAGCACGUGUGUGCAAGCGCUUCAGUGAACUGGCCAAUGACCCCAUCCUCUGGAAGAGACUUUACAUGGAGGUAUUUGAGUACACACGCCCCAUGAUGCAUCCUGAGCCUGGAAAGUUCUACCAGAUCAAUCCUGAGGAGUAUGAGCAGUCAAACCCCUGGAAAGAGAGCUUUCAGCAGCUGUGCAAGGGAGCUCAUGUGAAGCCUGGCUUUGCUGAGCAUUUCUACAGCAACCCUGCCAGGUACAAAGGACGGGAGAACAUGUUGUACUACGACACCAUCGAAGAUGCUCUUGGUGGCGUACAGGAAGCUCAUUUUGAGGGGCUUAUAUUUGUCCACUCUGGGAUUUACAAUGACGAGUGGAUCUACAUCGAGUCACCCAUUACCAUGAUUGGCGCUGCACCUGGGAAGGUAGCGGAUAAGGUGAUUAUUGAGAACACCCGGGACUCCACAUUCGUAUUCAUGGAAGGAUCUGAGGAUGCCUAUGUGGGCUACAUGACUAUUAGGUUCAACCCUAAUGACAAGUCUGCCCAACACCACAAUGCCCACCACUGUUUAGAGAUCACUGUAAACUGCAGCCCAAUUAUUGAUUACUGUGUCAUACGGAGCACAUGUACAGUGGGUUCCGCAGUAUGUGUAAGUGGUCAGGGCGCCUGUCCCACUAUCAAGCACUGCAACAUCAGCGACUGUGAGAACGUGGGACUUUACAUCACAGACUAUGCACAGGGUGUAUAUGAGGACAAUGAGAUCUCCAACAAUGCUCUGGCAGGCAUCUGGGUGAAAAACCAUGGCAACCCCAUCAUCCGACGAAACCACAUUCAUCAUGGAAGGGAUGUUGGAGUGUUCACCUUCGACCAUGGCAUGGGCUACUUCGAGAGCUGCAACAUCCACCGGAAUCGUAUCGCUGGCUUUGAGGUGAAGGCUUACGCAAACCCCACAGUGGUGCGCUGUGAGAUCCACCAUGGACAGACAGGGGGCAUCUAUGUGCAUGAAAAGGGUCGUGGCCAGUUCAUCGACAAUAAGAUCUAUGCGAAUAACUUUGCUGGAGUCUGGAUCACAUCUAACAGUGACCCCACUAUCAGGGGAAAUGCCAUCUACAAUGGCAACCAAGGUGGUGUUUACAUAUUUGGAGAUGGGCGGGGCCUCAUCGAAGGGAACGACAUCCACGGCAACGCCUUGGCAGGGAUCCAGAUCCGGACCAACAGCUGCCCUAUCGUUCGACAGAACAAAAUCCAUGAUGGGCAGCAUGGAGGCAUCUAUGUACACGAAAAGGGUCAGGGUGUAAUCGAGGAGAAUGAAGUGUACAGUAACACCCUGGCGGGUGUGUGGGUGACCACCGGAAGCACACCGGUUCUGCGGCGGAACCGGAUACACAGCGGAAAGCAGGUUGGAGUAUAUUUUUAUGACAAUGGGCAUGGUGUUCUAGAAGACAAUGACAUCUACAAUCACAUGUACUCUGGUGUUCAGAUCAGAACUGGUAGCAACCCCAAGAUUCGGCGGAAUAAGAUCUGGGGGGGGCAGAAUGGUGGCAUUCUGGUAUACAACUCUGGGUUGGGUUUCAUUGAGGACAAUGAGAUCUUUGACAAUGCUAUGGCUGGUGUGUGGAUAAAGACAGACAGCAACCCUACACUUCGCAGGAACAAGAUCCAUGAUGGUAGAGAUGGUGGAAUAUGCAUAUUCAAUGGUGGUCGAGGUUUGCUGGAGGAGAACGACAUCUUCCGCAAUGCCCAAGCUGGUGUCCUCAUCAGCACCAACAGUCAUCCUGUGCUCAGGAAAAACAGGAUAUUUGAUGGCUUUGCUGCAGGGAUUGAGAUCACCAAUCAUGCCACUGCAACUCUGGAAGGAAAUCAAAUUUUCAACAACCGCUUUGGAGGCUUGUUCCUCGCCUCUGGUGUCAAUGUGACAAUGAAAGAUAACAAGAUAAUGAACAACCAAGAUGCCAUUGAAAAAGCUGUCUCUAGGGGGCAGUGCCUGUAUAAGAUUUCCAGUUACACCAGCUACCCGAUGCACGAUUUUUAUAGGUGUCACACAUGCAACACCACGGACCGUAAUGCCAUCUGCCUGAACUGCAUCAAGAAGUGCCAUCAAGGACAUGAUGUUGAGUUCAUUCGGCACGACAGGUUUUUCUGUGACUGUGGAGCAGGGACAUUGUCAAACCCAUGCACACUUGCUGGAGAGCCCACACAUGACACAGACACUCUGUAUGACUCUGCCCCUCCUAUAGAGUCCAAUACAUUGCAGCACAACUGAGCUUGACCUCAGCUGUUACCUUUUAAAGGGCCGUGGACUAAACGCACCAAAUGGAUGCUUUGAUCAGUCUGGACCUAAAAAGACUCCAUGUUUAAUGUAUGAUGAUGGAGAAAGAUAUGCACACUAGAAAUAAAAUCUUUAAAAACAUACUAAAAAACUGAAAAGCAAAAGCUGACCCAGCUUCUAAUGGAGAAGUUUAUAUAUUUAAAGAAAACCUUUAAAAGGCUUUCCUGUGUCUGUGGAUGUAAAACUUUUUUUUUCUGUUAAUGCAAACGUUUUGAAGAAAAGAAGAAAUGAACGUCGAAGAGAAGCAAUAUGUUGACUCAGGAUUAUGGAGAGUAAGGGGGCGUGACUUCAGCUGUACUGCCUCUGUGCAACAUCUGAGAUGCUGCUGUAGGAGGAGCUUAGCUGCAGUCUGGUACCCAGAAACACAAGGAGCCAUAGUCCCUCUCACUGAAGAGGGAUGUCAUCCUGUUCAGUAGGCUGGGCGCUGCCCAUACAGCCACCUUGGCAACUGUUUCUAGACAGCAGUGGUGCUGGUAAAUGUUUGGUGAAGGAACAAAAGGUGAUCUAGCACUUCAGCUUUUUUUAAUGCCAUUCUGAUUGACACAUGAUUUUAAUGCUUUCCCACAUAGUUUUGUAUUUUCAAGCAGAAAUCUUACUGUACUUGAAUGUCUUAUUAUUAUUAUUAUUAUUAUUAU